CUGUGUUGUUCCUUUUUUCCCUCUUUUUCCCGUUGAAGUCAACUCUUCCCGAUCCACAGACCCAGCUCCGCCUCCUCGCUCCUCCGGCGGAUGACGCCACCGGCGACACCGCCACCGCGCCGGAGAGACGAAAUCCCUAAAUCCUCUUCCCUCUAACCCUAAAAAUCCCUCCUUUUUUAUUCCGAGCUUUAAUGUCUCGUUUCUCGGCCUGUUCGCUAUUAUGAUCGCCAUUAUUAGAGAGGGCGAAGCGAGUGUGUGUGGGAGAGAAGGGGCAGUUGGCAUCUUCUUUUGAGCAUUUAAUUGCAACCUCUUUACUCGCCCCGAAGGAGUAGCUGUAAGGGUGGCUUCUGCGGCGCGGCCCAACUUUGCUGGUUUAGUUCACUUGUUCUUACUUCUUACACCUUCUCUCUCUCUCUCUCUUUUUUUUUUUUUUCGAUCCCUCCCUUUUUUCGGUGUUUUUUCUCUGAUUUGUCGCUGUAAUAGAGGAGAAGCAGGGCAAGGAGGAGGGAUUGAAGGGAGGGGAUAAAGAAUGUUGCUUGCAAAGCAGAGGUGGCAAGGACGGCGGUGAUUGGCGGCCACUAUGCCCUAUUUAGGAUUGCCGCCCGAUGGAGCAACCGUAGGCAUGCGCGUCAUCCUGAUCGUCGCGUUGUUGUGUGCCACCGCGCUGGCAGCUGCGGCGCAGAACCUGAGUUCCGCCGAUCUCGCGGGGCUUUAUGGCCUCCGAGCCUCGCUCGGCCUCCGCGCGCGGGACUGGCCUCGCCGGGCGAACCCCUGCGUUUUAUGGGCCGGCGUCACCUGCAGCGCCGCCGGCCGGGUCGAUGGAAUCAACCUCUCCAGUCUCCGCCGCACGCGGCUCGGGCGGCGUAAUCCGCUGUUCGCCGUUGACGGGCUGAGGAACCUCACCCAGCUCCGAUCCUUCAACGCCACCGGGUUCGCCCUUCCCGGCCCCAUUCCCGAUUGGUUCGGCCGCGACCUUGCGCCGACCUUCUCUGUACUCGUCCUCCGCCACGCUUCAGUUCUGGGUCAAAUCCCUGAUAGUCUAGGCAACACUUCGCAGAUCACCAUUCUCGACCUCGCCGGCAACAACAUCACCGGAAGCAUCCCUUACAGUCUAGGUCAACUUGCCAACCUCACUCUCCUCGACCUCUCCUCCAACUCACUCUCCGGUGUGGUGCCGCUUUCUCUCGGCAUGCUCAGGAACUUGAGCGUCCUCAUCUUGGCUAACAAUAGCCUCGUCGGACCCAUUCCUCCGCAGCUCGGCGAUCUCUCCUCGCUCACGGUUCUUGACCUGAACUCCAACUCCCUCACCCGAUCGCUCCCUGAUGACCUGAGGAACCUGAGGAGCCUCCAAAAUUUGACCUUGAGCCACAACUUGCUCUCAGGUCCUCUCUCUUUCAAUCUCUUCUCUGGUCUCACCCGGCUUCAGUCCGUCCAGCUAAGCCACAACAACUUCUCAGGGGCAUUGCCCGACUCAGCCUGGUCUCUUGCUGAGCUAUCAACAUUCGACGUCUCUCACAACAACCUCACUGGGGCACUCCCAGACAUUAUACCAGCUGUUGUGAACAACGAUGUCAGUGGCGUGCUCAUUGAUCUGUCAAACAAUCUUUUCUAUGGUAGCAUCUCUUCUAGCUUUGUGAGCAUUUUUAACCAAUUUCGAAUUGUGGAUGUAUCGGUAAAUUUCCUAGAAGGUGCCUUGCCAUUUGAAAACUUGCGCAGCAAUGUCUCAGUCGGAUUGAAUUGCUUUCAAAAUGCUACAAAUCAAAGGAGUGCAGAGGUCUGUAUGCAGUUCUAUUCAGAGAGAGGGUUACCUUACAAUGGGGGUGCGACCCCCCCAAGCCCUGCACCUUCAGGUACUCACAGGAGGAGGAAUCGGAAUUUAAUUUAUAUACUCAUCGGGGCAAUAGGUGGUGCUUUGGUUCUUGUAGCAUUGGUUCUUUUACUGAUAUUUUGUUGCAAGAAAUCUGGUCGACAGAAAGCUGAACAGCAGCAAAGUAGGGAAGUCAUAGCGUCCUCUUCUGAUGGUGGAACCCUGGGUCCUGCUGUCCAUGUCAAUUUGUCAGCUGUAGGAGAGCCCUUCACUUAUGAGCAGUUGGUCCAAGCUACUUCGGACUUCAGUGAGGAAAACCUUAUCAAGCAUGGGCACUCGGGUGAUAUAUUUCGUGGUGUUCUGGAAAGAGGGAUUCCUAUCGUCGUGAAGAGGAUGGAUUUACAAAAGCUCAAGAGAGAUGCUCUAGCUGGAGAGUUGGAUUUGUUCUCCAAGGGCUUGCAUGAACAUUUGGUGCCAUUUCUAGGCCACUGUUUGGAGAAGGAGAAUGAGAAGUUCCUUAUAUAUAAAUUGGUGCCAAACGGUGACCUCUCAUCAGCUUUGCAGAGGAAACCUGAGCUGGAAGAAGGGCUGCAGUCAUUGGAUUGGAUAAAGAGAUUGAAGAUUGCAACAGGCAUUGCCGAGGCUCUAAAUUAUCUUCAUCAUGAAUGUUCACCUUCACUCGUUCAUAGAGACAUCCAAGCAAGCAGUAUCCUUCUCGAUGACAAAUUUGAAGUCAGGCUUGGAAGUUUAAGUGAGAUUUGUGCUCAGGAAGGCGAAGCACACCAAAACGUGUUCACUAGGCUUUUGAGACUAUCACAGACACCAGAACAUGGAAUAUCUGGGCCUCCUGCAAUAUGUGCAUACGAUGUAUACUGUUUGGGGAAGGUCUUGCUUGAGCUGGUCACUGGCAAGCUCGGAAUCAGUGGCUCGAACGAUGCGGCAGCGAACGACUGGCUCGACCACACACUUCAGUACAUCAAUGUGUACGAGAAGGAACUGGUGACAAAAAUAGUUGAUCCGUUCCUCGUCGUGGAUGAGGAUCACUUGGAGGAGGUCUGGGCCAUGGCAAUUGUGGCAAAGUCUUGCCUGAAUCCAAGGCCGAAUAAGCGUCCACCCGUGCGAUACAUUCUCAAAGCAUUGGAAAACCCUCUCAAGGUAGUGAGGGAAGACAACAAUUCCGGCUCAGCCAGGCUGAGGGCCACUUCAUCGAGGGGAUCGUGGAAUGCUGCAUUCAUGGGGAGUUGGCGGCGCAGUUCAUCGGAGAUUGUAUCAGUGCCGGGGCAAUUGAGAGAGGAUCAAACUCUAAAGCGUUCAGGCACUAGCAGGUCUCAAGGAAGUGGCGGGGAGCAGUCAUUCUCACGCAAGAGGCCUUCAAAGGAGAUAUUCCCAGAGCCUUCAGGUAUACGUGACAUGGAGGAUUGACAAGAAAAGAUCUUCUUUUUAUUGUUUUUGUUUUCUGAUUCGGGUAAAUCAAAUAUGGCGGGCUCCUGAUUCGAGUUCUCGGCUAUCGGCAUCAUCGAUAGGCUGCCGCGAAAACAUCAGCAAAACUCGGUUCAGAUUGAUAUGUGUUGCUUGUGUUGGAUUCUUCAUCUUUGCUCUCACUUGUGCAGUAUUCACACAUUUGGGUUGGCAGAGAGCUGGUUCUCGAGGCACAAGGCUCGAGGAUUUGUAGGUAUAUGGAGCUGACAGGGGAUUAGAGUGAUAGAGAUGCUGAUUCUUUUUCUUUCUUUCUUUUUCUUUUCCUGUUUUGCUGUUUGUUCUUGCUCUCGGUUCUUUGAUGGUAUAAAACGAGAUGAAAUUCUUUUCUCGUGUAAUUUUUCUGUAUAUUGGAUUAAUUCUCCUUUUUAUCAUGUUGGAGGUGGAUUGUGGAAACUUUUGACUUAGAA